UUAUGUUGUUAAUACAGAACCGCGGAUCAGUAGUACUGAGGUUGCUAUUAACGUCUUAAGUUCAGUGGUCCCCGGUGAUCCGGUUGCCCAGGAUGUAGUCAACCCGUUAUUUCCAUUUCUCGAAUACAGUCUUUUCAGAGAAAAUUAAAGAUAUAGAAAUUAUGAAAAGAAGAUUGAGUUUAUUUGACGAUGUAUCAACGAAAAAGCGAAUAAAUUAAGACAAUGCUCCUUUGACACUGUUUAAAAGCCAUGGUGGACAGUUUCAACCGGCAAAUUUUGCGUGUUGUCGUCGCACAAAUUUGCCAAUCUAUGGGCUGGGAUGCUCUUCAUCGAUCAACACACGAUACCCUUACAGAUGUUACGCAGAGAUACCUUGAAGAAUUAGGAAAAGUUGCUGGAUCAUACACGCAGUUGUGUAACCGUACUAAGCCUAACUUGGAUGAUCUUCACCUUGCCUUUCAAGAUACAGGCAUAGCCAUCCAGGAGCUGGAAAAUUUUGUGGCCCAGGUAGAUCCGCUCCAAUUUAUUCAUCCUUUCACGCCGUAUCCCAAGUGUCACCCAUGUCGCCUGAAUCAUCCAAGCGAGGGAGAUAUUGUAGAUCGAGCGGAGUUCUACUCCGACCAUCUGCCUCUCCUUCCAAAAACCUGUUUGGAACCUGCAGGUGAAAACAAAGAAUCAAAGACCAGUGAGGAUGCCGGGAUCACCGGUGAAGAAGAAAUUGAAAAGAUAAAACCAGUUCCUUUGAAGGAAACUAGUAAUGUUAUGGAGUUGAGUGAAAGUGUGUCAAUAAAGCGUCGAUAUAACGAUGGCGUGAUUGUUCAGCGUGAUGUUAAACGAUCUAGAUUCGAUAUUCCAGACAGUUUGCUACUGGAAAAGAAAGAAAAUUUAGACAAUACCGAUGGGGAAUCAUUAUCUCCUGCAACCCCUGUGUCACCUUAUCUUCCACAAGAGAUCCCCAAAGUUCCAGAAGUAUCAAAACAAGCAACAAAAGAGAAGUUGCUUUCGCCAAAAUCUACUCCACCGGAGACAAAGAGAAGAACAGAAGUUUCACUUACAACGAAAAAAGCGAAAAUAAACAAAGAAAAAAGCGGUUCGCCCAUCUCAGCGAAAGCAAGUCCAAAAACCCCAUUACUAUCCCCUACCAAAAGCACCAUUCCAGCUUCACAUGGAUCUCCUGUCACCAAAGUAAAGCCACUUCUGAAAGCAAAAUCGCCUAAGAUCGAAAAGAAACUAGUUACUAAACCUCCCGUUCAAAAUAGAGACGCUAUUACCGAUCUAUCUCCAAUGGCCAAGGCUGGCCUUUCCUCGAAGAAUAACACCAUUCACUCGAGAAAGGUUUCGCCCGAAAUUGGCGAGAAAAGAAAGGACUUCAGCUCUCCGAAGACGAAGGAAUCCAUAAAAUCUCUCAAAACGAAGGAAUACAUAAAAUCUCCUAAAACGAAGGAAUCCGUAAAAUCUCCUAAAGCGAAGGAAUCAAUAAAGUCUCCAAAAAUGAAGGAAUCGACGAAAUCUCCACAAAUGAAGGAAUUGACAAAAAGCAAGAAGUUUAUGGCCAAGGGUAGCAGCAAGUUGCCUUUGGAUGACGCAGAUGGUAGAUCAGACACUCCACACGUUAACACUCCCAAGUUAAUGAUCAAGCUUUUACCGAAGGCUGAAGAUACUCUCGAUUCAAAAGGUCCUGCAGAAAAAAAGACAAGCGUUAGCAGCCUUUCGAAGAGCCCGAGCACUCCAGAUUUGAAGGCAACCAAGGCGUUAAAAAGUGAACACCAUAUUAAGAGUGAGAAUAUGAUGGUUUCGAGUCACGCAAUCGACCCGAGCACUGCGAAAAAAGAACACAGUAAGAAGAAAAAGAAAAAAAAGGACAAAGAUAAGGAUAGACAAAAGUUGGGUCACAAAGAAAAACGAAAGAGCGAAAAAGGUGAACCGCCCAUUCCCAAGAUUCGAUUCAAAUUCGAUCAAACAGUCGAAUCAAAAAUUAGCGAGUCAGCUGCUUCGUCAAAAAGUCACAAGGCAUCUUCCAGCGAAUUAAAAUCGAAGCAGUUGUCAACGGUUGUGAUUGAAACGAAGGAAGUUAGAUCAAGUGUCAUUACAGAAACAUUAUCAAACACUCUUAAUUACGACCCCGAUCGAAUCUACUUGUGUCCAGUUUGCAAAAAACCCGACGACGGUUCGCCCAUGGUUGGUUGCGAUGGUUGUGAUGAAUGGUGUCAUUGGGCAUGUGUUGGGUUAAUAGCUGAACCUCCGGAACACGAAAACUGGUAUUGUCCUUUGUGUUUAUCAAAGAAAGAAAAGUCGAAGAAAGGAAAGAGCAAGAAAAAGAAAUAGACUCGUGCAUUAUCAUUUUAAAAUGUGCAGUAUUAAAAAAUUGUACAUGUUGUAUUAUGUUAAUAGACGGAAUGUUUUAGUUUAUAUCAUUGACUCCAUCAAUAGAUAUUUUUUUAUAGAUCAGUGUCGACGUCACUAUGGACUCGAUUGACAAGCUGCCCAUGCGCAAAAAAAUAGAUACUUGUCAAACAAAAUAAUGCUAUAAUUCCGUGUUCAUUCAAUUUCUUUGUAAAAUUUCUUUAUAGUAAAUUUCCUAUAUUACUUUGCAUGAUUUUGUUCAUAAAAAUAAAUAAUAAAAUGUGUAUGGUAGGGA